UGUCGUUGGUGAAACUGACCGCCAUGGCAGCGGAAUCGUGGAUUUAAAGAGCUUUUGCGCCUGUCAAAAAUUAAAUACCCAGUGUAAACAAAAAUCAGUUGGAUUACGAGUGAAACAACGCUUUGUGACGAUUUAGAUCAAACUAUCGGUUGCAACGGCGACUUUAAACACUACGAAGGGAGUACAUAGAAUUAUACUUUUUCAUAAUCAAUAUAAUUCAAUUUUUGUUUUUUUUCCAGUUUUCUUUUGAUAGUUGAGGUUAUCUGUGGUAGCAACUUAACUGCUCUGCAACUUGAGAAUGGGAAAAAUUUGUGCAGUGCCAGGAUGUCGCAGCAGAAAAGAGGGAGAUGAAACACGCCGGAAGAAAUUAGGACUGUGCCGGAUCACUCUGUUUUCUAUUCCAAAAAGCAAAGACCGGCGCAAUCAAUGGAAAAAAGCGCUUGACUGCGAACUAGAUGUUAAGCAGUUUGUGUGCCAAUUUCAUUUUUCGGAGGACUCCAUUAAGAAGUCGGACAGGAUUGUUUUGACAGACGGUACGGUCUAUGAUUCACCAUUGAUCCGGUGGAGAUUGAACGAAGGCGCUGUGCCUAUUUCUCAACAGUGCGGACCGAUGGACUGCGAGGAAAACAACAAUGGGAUUGAGGAAACAGAGCAAGAGAAUAGUGCGUUAGAUGUGAAAAAGGAACAGCUGCAAAUAAGUAAUUCUGUUGUACUUGAUGAAGGAACCGAUACAGCACCAUCUAUACUCACUGAAUCCUGGACGGAACAAGAUGUGGAUAACGUGAAAGGAGCCGUAGAUGCAUUUACGUUGGGAAACCUGAAAGAUGACUUGACGGCGGGACUACUAUCAGAAUCGUGGGCAUGGACUCAGAAGUCAACAGGGCUAAUUUUCACACUUUUAAAUCGAUCGAAUUUACAUCCGCAACUUCAUUUGGAGGUUGCUCUCGACCUUACUCUAUCAAUUAGAACGAUUACGGACACGGUGAUACCCUUGAAUGACCAGGCAACAUCCUCAAAUGAUAUCCGUCGCUAUAUGAAGAUUUUAAAAAACUGCAUCAUAUGCAGUGGAACCGGCGUCCAAAGUGAAAGUCGAGAUCCGCGAUGCGUGGGUAUGAUCGAUUUGAAAAAACCGGGCGAUAAUCAGCGAAAAAACUGGAGAUGCGAAUUAUGUCAACAGAUUCGCGAGAGGGUACAGAGGAGGAAUCAACGACGCAGAAAAACAAUACUCAAGCGCGAACGAGCCCAGAAAAAAGCAGAUUUGACUCGAAGAAAAUUCAUUCGCCUGAAACGAAAGACUAAAAAAUUGUAUGCUGAUGUCGCUGAUUUAAAGCGAUCGUGUUCAAGGAUUGAGAAGGAGACGCUUGAGAAGAACAUCGCCCUCCUACCGGAAGCACAGAAACAAGCGGUGCGAACUUGUUUGGAGACGGCAAAGGUGGGAAAUCGAAAGGGCCGAAGAUAUGCCAUCGAAUGGAUGUACGAAUGUUUGUUGAUGCGCAUCAAGAAUAGUGGUCUAUACGACCACAUUCGGGAACGUAAGAUUCUGCCACUUCCAUGCAGAGAAACGUUGAGUCGAUACAUUCGGAGGAUAAGUUCGUCAGCGUAUGGAUUCCAAACUGCCAUUUUUGAGGGUAUGAAAAUGAAGGGCUUAUCUAUGGAGUCCAAUGAAAAAUGAGGUAUCAAAUUUUGAAUAUUUGUAAUAUCGAGUUUGGUCAACAAGCCUUUUUGUGUUUCCCGGACUCAACUGGAAACAUGCAUCUGUAGUAUACUGAAUUUGUUAAUUACUAACCAAUACAAUUUCUUUAGAAUCGUGUUAAUCUCGACUUUCUUGCAGCUACUGAGUGAGUAAUAUUUAAAGUCUGUUGAUAUUAAAAUUAAAAGUUGUCAUUUCAAUGUUUAAGGUACGCUGCUUGUCGAUGAGAUGAAAUUAAGUGAGGCCGUUUCUUUCAACAAGCAAACUUUGGAGUUUCAAGGUUUUGUUGAUCUCGGUCAAUAUACUCCAGAAGAAAAAAGAAUGACGCGUGCAGACCAUGCUUCGGUUUUCAUGUUUCAACCGUUCCGAGGAUCUUGGGUGCAGGUGCUUGGCAGCUACCUAACGAAAGAUUCAGUGACGAGUGCUAUAUUGCACAAACUUAUUCUGGAGUGCAUCGUGCUGUUAUCGAACUCCGGAUUUCAUGUUGACGCCGUCGUCACAGAUGGAGCACAAUGGAAUAGAGGCGUAUGGUCCAUCUUCGGAAUACGGGACGGACGAUUCAGUUGCGAGCAUCCGUGCGACCCAACUAAACGGCUGUGGAUGAUUGGCGACUUUCCGCUUCCGCAUCUACUUAAAUGCUAGUAUAUAAAUUGUGAAAGAGUUUACUAUAUACUUUUGCCAGUUUAGACAAUAUAAUAUAGGGCUCUCUUCGGAAGUCGAAUUGCUGAAAGAUAACUAUCAUUAGUGCAUCUGCCGUAAUUUAUAAACUGAUAGAUUCCAUUUUUAUUACAAAAAUGAAAUUAAAAUAGAUAGGUUAUAUCAGCAAAAACUGUCAACAAAGUCAGCUGGCAGCAACGCAUGCGUGUAUAUAACGCAUACAUUGUGCGCAUGCGCCACCGUACGAAACUACAACAGCGCCGCUCGAGAGGAACCCUCUUUCCCGAUACUUUUACGGACGUGCCCGAUCGCCGAGAUUGCACUCCUUACCUACCUAUAGUCUCCUUGAACGAGAUAACCACGUUUUUUUUUUCUUUCUUUAUUUAAUAUAUUGCAUUCUUUCGUUGUUGGAGUUAUUUGCGAAUUGUGAUACCAGAAAUACUUGAAUAAGCCAGGGAAAAUGAAAAAUCUAAUAAACGAAAAUGUGUAA